AUGAGUAACACUCUGAAAAUUGAUGGUCACACUAAAGAAGCCAAGAAGUUGAGAAUGUUCCCGUUUACCUUAGUGGAAGAAGCUGAAGAUUGGUUUUAUUAUUUACCUGCCGGUAGCAUCACAUCUUGGGAAGAAAUGGAAAAAGCCUUCCUGAAUGAGUAUUUUCCAACAUCGGUUUUUCUGCGGAAGAGGUAUGAAAUUCUGAAUUUUAAGCAGAAGGACGGGGAAACUUUGGGAGACGCUUACAAGAUAUUCAAGAGAGUCCUAGUAGCUUGCCCAACUCAUAAUAUGGAUGCUACUGAACAGAUGCAGAUGUUUGUGAAUGGUCUAAAAAUAAAGACCAAACAACUGAUUGAUACUGCAGCCGGUGGUUCCACAAAUUUUUCAAUAGCCACCGGUAUCAAGAAGAUCAUUGAAGCUAUUACUGCUAAUGAGCACAUGGAGUUGUACGAUAGGUGUCAAAGAAAACCAGAAGGGGUUAUAGAUUUAAAGGUGGAAACUACUGAAAUCCGUAUUGACGAUAAUAUAGCUGCUGAAGUUGAGAAGAAGCUAAAGGCGAUCAAUAUAGGUACCAAACAGGUGGUACAGGUCCAACCUGUUCCUACUGUCUGUUGUAAAAUUUAUAGUGGUCCGCACCAAACUGUCUAUUGUUUUACAACUCCUCAACAAGUGGAGGAAAUCAAAAUUUUGAAGCAGAAUAGUCCUUAUUCCAACACGUACAAUCCGGGUUGGAAGAAUAAUCCCAACUUCUCAUGGAAAGACCAAAAAGGAACCGCUCCUCAACAUGGUCAGUACCAAACUCAAUAUCAACAACAACGGCAACAAGCCCCUAAGAAAGCUGAUUGGGAGAUUGUUGUUGAAAGAAUGGUAGCUCGUCAUGUUCAAUUUCAAGAAGAAACCCGGAACUAUCAGAAAUUCACCACAACAUCCAUAAAAAAUCUUGAAGUCUAG